UGUAAUGGUUCAACUUUAACCCCCCUCGAAAAUCCCAUGGUCCGUCCCUUAGGACACUGGGACUGAAACAACAGCUGUAAAUCGCUCAAUGUUGAAGCAAAUAGACUAAAACUYCAAAKAAAUGYAAAGAAAAAMACAACACACAGAUAGAGAUGUUUAUUUCUAUUGAAAUUAAUAUAUUUCGUAUAAAUGCUAAAAACCACACAAACACUUAGCCUGGGAUACCUGUGUACAUGUCAAAAAAUCAAAACAGGAACUCAAUCAAAAGACUMAUGCAUACCAUGGCUGGUUAGCUGGAUGGCUUACACGCAUUUGAUAAGAAUCACUGCUGUAUUUCAAAUGGUUAUACUUCAGCUGUUGAAUGGGAAAAAUACCGAGAAASCCUUACAAACGGAUUGACAAGCAAAUAUAACAUGAAAAUAACCUUAUAGCUCCUUAUUAUUGCUAUAAAUGCCACUAUCAUAAAGUGAAUUACUGAAGUGUACACUCAAUUGUCUGAUAACAGCAGAGGUCUUCAAAGCGGAAACUGAUCAGUCCUCUCCUGAAGUCAUUUAGCAGAAAAAGGAAYUAGGAUGGCGUCACCAACUUUUUGCCGUCAACUUGAUAGACAUUGUACGUGGUACUGAAAAAAUACUGGACACAAUUUUACCGAACGACCAUCAUUUUGAGAGUUUAUCCUGCUGCAUCGAGAUCAUUUGUCACAMAAUGGAUGAAAAGGGAUCAAACCUCGAAAUGUACAAAGACCAAGUGAAAAGAGCCAUUGAGAAAGGAAAUAAAAAGGAGGAACUUUCUKCACUAGACAACCUUGGACAAGUUUAUAUGUCACUACAACAGUUSAUUGAAGCAAUUCAGUGUCACACGAACUUGGCAAAUGUUGCCAUAGAGUUAGGGUUAAGCAUUCCAGAGGGAAGRGCAUAYUAUAAGAUAGCUCACGCACAUAGCUCGUUAGGUAAUUACAAGAAGGCGAUAGAGUAUUAYCAGAAGUGCCUUCACGUAUUGCAAGGAAAGGGAGAUAGUGGCAUAGAAAGAAUGACAUAUUGCAAUCUAGGAAGUACCUACUUUAUUAGCGGCAACACGCAGUACGAAUAUAGAGAGUCAAUCAAAUAUCUAGAAASAAGCCUUUCCAUGGCAUCAGAGGCAAAUGAUGUUUAUGUAGAGGCUAGGGCAUGCCAUAAUUUAGGUAACASCUACAUGGCUUUAGAAAAAUAUGAAGAAGCGAUUUCAUUCUACGAAAGAAGUCUGGAACGUAGUGAUGGUAACAAAGGUAUGGCUUAUCGACUGAUAGGAGAUGCGUWUWUUCAGCUUAAAAACUAUCAAGAAGCAAUCAAAAAUCACAGUUACAGCCUUGAGUACGCUGUCAGGUAUGACAACAAAGAGGCACAGAAAACAGCCUACUUAUGCUUAGGAACUGAUAGCCACASCAUGCGUCAUUAUGAUAAUGCAGUGUCCUAUUUKCAAAAGUACCUGAAUAUGGCUAAAAUGCUAGGAGAYAGAAGAGGGGAAGUAGAAGCACACAGGUUYAUAGGUAAUGCCUAUUUUGAAAUGCAGAAAAAUGAGGAUGCAUUGGUAUGUCACAAAAGUAGCUUAAGUAUAGCGGUAGAGAUAGGAGACAAAUACGGGGAGGAAUGUGCAUAUGUAAACAUAGGAAUUGCUUAUAAAAAYUUAGAGAAAUAUCGAGAAGCCAUAGAAUGCUACGAAAAAAGAUUGAAUAUUGCAGUGCAGAAGGGAGAUAGGAAGGAGGAAGGUAAAGUAGACAGUGAUAUUGCCAGAGCAUACGCUSGUUURCGAAAUUAUGAAGAAGCUAUCGUAUAUCACAAGAAAGCUCUCCAAAUAUCAAGAGAAAUUGGAGACAUCAGUGAGGAAGCAAGAGCCUACUCUAAUAUAGCUGAUGUCUUUUCUUCAUCAAGCAAUUACAGAGAGGCUCUCGAAUAUCAAGAGAAAUAUCUCCAAGUCGCUAUUAAAAUGGGUGAUAAAGAGAGUCAAAAUAAAGCAUACARCAMUAUGGGAGUUUUAAAUGGCAAAAUGAAUCGUCAAAAAGAAUCGAUCGAAUGCCUUGAAAAGCAAUUAGAAAUUGUUCUCGASAAAGGCGAUGCGUUAGCAGAGGCAAWCGUGUAUUGUAAUUUAGGCAAUGUUUACGUAGCGAUAGGUAGAUACCAGGAAGCGUUUCAGGGGUAUAAGAAAUGCCUAGCCAUUGCAGUAGAAUAUGAGGACAAACAUCUACAAGAGUUAGUGUAUUGUAACAUAGGUAAUGCUUACCAGGCGCUAGGAAAUCCUYUGGAAGCACAGAAGCAUUACCAAAAAAGUGCAGAUUUAGCAAUAAGUAGCGGAGAUCCAGAGGCAGAAGCAAGAGGGUACUGUAUUUUAAGUCGUAUAAGYAGCCAUUCCGGAGAUUACRAAAAGGCACUUGAAUACGCUAAGAGACAACUUAAUAUAGUUCAAUUGUUAGGAAAUAAGCAUGAACAAGUAUUUGCUUACCAUGAUCUUGGAAAAAAYUCCUUUYWUAUCGGAAAAUUUCAAGAUGCCAUUCAAUAUCUUGAAAGAAGUGCAAACUUAGCGAACGAAAUCGGUGACAGAAACGCAGAAGGRAAAGCAUAUGAAUACUUGGGAUAUGUUUAUCAAGACUACAAAAUGAACUAUCCAAAGGCUGUCCAUUAUUAUACAGCAAACYUCAAUCUCGCUAAGGAUGUUGGCAACAAAGAAGCAGCCGGAAAAGCCUGCAGGAACCUUGGAACUGCUUUUCUCUUUCAGUUUCUUGAUGGAAAAUCCGUUGAACACAAGGAAAAAGCAGAAAACUUCCUUAUAGAGAGUCUUAAAUGGUACGACUUGCUUUUCCAAGACAUCGGAGAACAGGAUCAACACAAGGUCAAUGUAGUUGAUACCUUCGUCUACACACACAAACUACUUGUGGAAUUCUACAUCGAAACUGAACAACCUGAGAGAGCACUACUGGUGUCGGAGCAGGAACGAGGACGUGCACUGGAAGACCUUUUGAUGAAAAAAUACAAGAUCGAUAAGAACGACCUCGACACACAUUACGACUUUCUUGGAUACGCUGACAUCGCGAACAAAGUGCUUUCUCAAGAUUCUUGCAUUUUGUUUUUCUCUGAUCUUAUGAAGAUGAGAAGAAGCAAUUUUGAAUUGCAAGUUGGAACAUGGGUCCUUAAUUUAGACAGUCGUGUGUCGUUUUAUCGGAAUGAACUUAAAGACAUCAAACAAUUACUAAAGGAAAAAUCUCUCGAAAAAGACAUUGAUCAGGACAGCAAGGAUGUCCUUCAUGACAUAGUUGAUAAAACCUACAAGACAAUGUCUACUAGAGGAACAACAGUUGAGUCUAGAGCUGAGAAUCGCUCAUUCAGCCAUCAUUUAAUURGUUCUUUUGACAAUGAUGAAGGCUCGAUGCAAGAGUUUAAAAACAGCAAGAGAAAUACUUAUGAUGAAGAACUYGACGAUGAUUACUUCGAAGUACUCUUUGGUGCAUUGAUYACUCCAGUACAGGAUAAGCUGACCCACGAAGAGAUUGUUAUCAUCCCUGAUGGACCUUUGUUCAAAGUCCCAUUCGCAGCUCUACGAGAUCCUAAGACUCAAAGAUAUUUGUCAGAGACUAAACGUAUUCGAAUUGYUCCCUCUCUUAMCAYMUUAAAGAUCCUGAAUGAAUCCUCUCCAGAAUCACACAACAUGAAAGGUGCACUCAUCGUUGGCGAUCCUGACGUCGAGGGAAAAAGAAUGUUGAAAGGYAACGAAAUAUUUUUYMAUCSAUUACCAAAUGCUCGGCUCGAAGCAGAAMAGAUUGGUUGUAUUCUUGGYGUGAAUGCACUAACAGGAGCAMAAGCAACCAAGCAAACUAUCAAGGARCGGCUCAAGGAAGGUGUUGCUGUCAUUCACUUUGCAGCACAUGGAUGUGCAGACAGUGGAGAAAUAGUACUCAGUCCACCCGAAUCUCUAAAGGGCACACAGACCAYACCCUCAGAAGAAGACUAUCUGUUGACAAUCAACGAAGUGCAAGAGAUUGGACUACGAGCAAGACUUGUUGUGUUGAGCUGCUGUCAUAGCGGUCGUGGUGAGAUCAAGUYAGAGGGUGUGAUUGGAAUGAGUCRAGCAUUUCUUGCUGCCGGUGCCCUUGCUGUUGUGGCAUCCUUGUGGGCGGUAGAGGACCUUGGUACGAGAGUGUUUAUGCAGAAGUUCUACGCACAUCUUAAGCAAGGGAAGAGUGCAAGUAGAAGUCUCCAGCAAGCCAUGAAAGAAAUGAGAGAGAUGGUGCAAUACGAAAAACCGAAUUUCUGGGCUCCUUUUGUCCUGAUAGGUGAUGAUGUGACUGUGAGUCUGUGAGUUGUAUGGCUCAUACGARCUUUGUCAAUGAAGUUGCACUAAGACGUUAAUAACUAUGUUUUAGAUUAGAAUCGUUGAUAUUGUGAUGAACAUUGUUUGAUUGACAAGAGUGCGUUCAGUAAAAGUGUGAAACACUAAUUACCAAAAUUGUGCAAAAGAUACCAGCUGAUAAAAGAAAACAAAAUUAGACUUAGCAUAAGAUAAUACAAUUCAGUAUUACUAAUUUUUCACGGUUUUACUAAAACACUCUAAUUUUUAGCAUAACAUAUGUAGCAAAAUAUAACUGCAUGCAGACCGUUCCACUGAGUUAGCACAAAGCUAACUAGCUGGCUAGCUCUACUAAAUACAUGUACAUAUCCUAUAUAUCAAGUGCAGAUAUAUGUUUUUAUAUAAUAAAUUUAUAAUCAAAAGAAAAUUGACUUUUA